CUUAUAUAACAACAGAAAAUUUAUAAAUCACCUUAAAAAAAAAACCUAAAAUACACCCACAACAAAAUACUCAAGUCUCGUAUACCGACAAUUAAACAAAAAUAACUUACAAAUGCUAUCGUCCAAGGAGAAGACUUUCCGCAGGGAGCGAAUACUUCAGUUUAUUCGCGAAAAUAAACAAGCCACGCCACCUGAGGUGCAAACCAAAGAUGAAAAAUCUUCAAGACAGAAGAAACGCGUGACAUUUAACCAUGGAAGCCAGCGGCUCAGUCUUGGAGAUGCGUUAAAGGUUAACGAAAAUGAGAGGCUCAUUGGACAGGGCCUAACUUCGUGUUUGAUCACCAAAUCCUCAGAUACCAGAAUGCCAGCGGGCGUUGAGCGUGUUGAAAGGAAGCUGUCCCACAGAGGCAGCGAUAGCCCACGCACUUUAUGUUCCAACAGGAGGUCAUCCGGUGUCCGAAUGACUGGGGGCGAAAACGAUCCUGCCGUCCGCAAUGUUGGGAAACUGCCGCGAACAGACAGUGAAUGCCAUUUUAACGCGCCGGGUUUCAACUUUCUUAAAACUCGACACUCGGAAUUUGCUACUCAAGAGGUCAGGCUAAAUUCCGCAGAGCCCAUCCGAAAGGAGUUGAAACACAAGUGCGAUUUCUUUCCCAAAUACAUGGACAAUCGACCCUUCAAGGACCAGACCACACAAACACUAUAUAGGGAAUCCUCUGCUCAGACAUUGGCCUAUUUACCGGAGAUAAGCAAUAAAGAAAAUGCGGAAACCCUCGAGCUCUUCUCUCUAGCCAAGAUACUUCCCGGCGAAAAGCCGCCAGGACUGCAUGAAGUUGAGAUUUUGGAACGUGCCAGGAGGCGGUGGCUCUUCAAUGAGGCCAUUAAGACAAACUCAAAGAGGCUCAUCAAAGCGGCCAGGAGUGUCGCCUUAAAACCAGAACUACGGGACUUACUGGAGGCCUUUGAAUGGGAGCAGUGGAUCGAGCGUGAGGAGUUCAUACAGGAGUGUCAGAUGAUGCGGCUCCAGAUCGUAAUCAAGAUGUUCGACAAGCGAGAGAAGGAAAUGCACGCCGCUUCCAAGAUUAGAAUCGAACAGGCCUGCAAGGGAAUCGAGAAACGGCGUCAGGCGGGUCUGCACAAGAACGAGAUUGAGUUCCAGCGAGGAAUGCGACGCUUGGAUGCCAAGCUAUCCAACAGGUUGCUGAAGUGGAAGAAGCAGGGCCCCAUGCAAGCUCUUGGAUCUCCGUGCUCCGAGUUCUACGGUCCUGUGAUAAGGCACGGCGUCGAUCCCGCACGUCGAAACUUUGAGACGAUAACCGGACGACGGGCAUUUGACUUAAGGAUCGAUGACCUGGAGAAGCGAGUGAGCAUGAAGAAUGUGCAGUGUCCAUUCAGCAAGCUUAAGGAGUGGUCCAAGCCCAAGGAGUACGUCAGGGAGUACGAGCAAAACUUCUGCAACGACGACAAUCUGCAGAGGCUCUAUGAGUCCCUAAAAACCCUUAGGACGCAGGCGGAUGUCAAGGCACAUCCACAGUGCCGAAGAAAACGAAUACAAUUGAAUCGCUGGGGCAGCUCUUCGAGCGAGAUAUAUGACCAUAGGAAGUACUCUCGCUACUCUCGCUACUCUGAAAUGACAGCUCCGAAAUAUGUUCACCGCCCCCCAAGGCCCAAGCGUGCAACGCUUACAGCGGUGAAGUCGAGCUCAAGAGGACACGAGGAUCUGGAGAAUUUAAUUCGCACCUAUGAAGGAACAUAUAUUGGCUCGCUUAUGCAAUUCCUUGCCGACGAAAUGGACAGAUUCAAGGAGCAGCGCAAGCUUCACUUCUUCUCCAUUGUGGCUCAAAGGGAACGCUGGAGGCGGGAGGCAAGCGAGGCGGGAAUGAGGCAAAAGGAGAACGUCAUGCGAUUAUUGUAUGAGGAGAUAUUCCAGCAUUCCUAUUCCGGGCUUCAGGAUACCUCGCAGCAGUUUGUCGAUACCGUGUUGACGAAGGACAUAUAUGAGGUAAUGGCGAAUGAAGCUGCGGACACAGUCACCGAGAUGGCAAGGCAAAUUGAUAAUGAUAUAAGCAAGUGGCUGGAAAGCUUUAAGGAGGUCCAGAACCCCCUAACCUUUGUUCCCCUGCGAAUGAUGUUGCUGAAGAUGGUUUUUCCGGAUAUGGAGGCAGCGGUUAAGACCCACGAAAAUCAUCUGAUUGCCCAGUACAUAGUGGAAGAUGUGAUCUUCGGGACAGUGUGGAAGAAACUCGAGCCGUUCGACGUAGUCUCUACCAUGACCAGCGAUUUGAUCGAUCGCCUCAUAGACAAUGAUCUGUACCUCUUUUCCUCGGAGAGUGAAUUCGAUAGCGACAGCUCGGUGGGCUCCUGGCACGAGGCCGAGGCCAUCAUACGAAAGCUAAUUCGACAGGCGGUGCCCGGCAGACGCUGGAUGGAGGAAACAGAAAGGAUUGUGACCGAAACCUAUAACGGUCUGUUUGACGACAUAUUCGACGAGAUAUUGGUCAACAUCGAGCAUCCGCCGGCUGUCAACCCCUCCGAUCUCAUCGUGGUGUCUCCUAGUACUGCCAUGUUUAGGGUUUGCCACCACAAGCCAAAGAUAAGGACAACGGUAUCCCAAGACUCAAUACCAGAUAACAAGUUUUUGGGAGCCCAAUUACUAAGCUUGGUUAAAAAGUUUAAAGAAGACAAGGUUACCAAGGUGCUGGAAACCGAUGAGGUAAACGUUGAUUCAGGAAACUCCGAUAUUUUAGAUACUCUUAUUAAAAGCCAAACUUUGCUCAAAACGGACACUCGAAUGAACCAGCCCGAUACGGACAUAUGUAGCAUUACAAGUGUCGUAGAUAUUUUGGAACAUAGUGAGAAUCUAAAAAGUCUGAAAGGCUCUUCCCAAAACUCGCCCCCUAAACCGGUUGAAUCUGUUACCGAAAUUCAAUACGAAGAAGCAGUUAACGAAGAAUCGUCAGAAUCCACAAAUAUGGUGGAACAAGAAACUGAAGAAAAUAUCUUGGUAGCCAAGAAAUCUCCAAAUUCCCUUGGCGAAGAGUCUUCGGGGGGUGAAGAGAUUUAUAUCUAUGCAAAACACGAAUCCACGAUCUUUAGUUUUCGAUAAUUGAUCUAGAUAUUUUCAACACGCCAUUCUCAUUACCUUGGAGUACCGAAAAAAAAAAAACUA